UUCUGGAUUCGUGAUUCUGAUCGGGUGGGGCACCUAACUGCCAAAAGGGUCCAAAAUAAGGGUCCAAAAUAAGGGUCCAAAAUAAAGCUGCUCAACCCAACUCUUGAAUCGUGAAGCCCAUUUUUAGGCAUAUAACAGCAGCAACUUGGGUUGUACUUGUUUCGAAUGUACUGUCAGCCACCCAUCACCAACAGAUAAGCUUCUAUUCUCAGCAGAAAGAGAAGUUCAAGUAAGGAUGAGUCAAGCAAAGCGUUUGCUGAUGGAGGGUCUAAUGCAGGCGCCCUAUGAUGCUACGGUGCGGUUGAUGUUGGCUUCCCUGGAGCGCAAUUUGCUGCCUGAUGCUGUUAUAAGGAGGUUAACACGGUUGCUCUUAGCUAGCCGUCUUCGCUCUGGUUAUAGACCCUCCACUGAACUCCAACUCUCUGACCUGCUUCACUUCGCUCACUCUUUAAGGGACAUGCCUAUAGCUAUCAAGACAGAUAAGCCUAAAGCUCAACAUUACGAGCUGCCAGCCUCUUUCUUCAAGUUGGUUCUGGGGAAGAAUUUCAAAUACAGAUGCAGUUGUUGUUACUUCUCUGAUGGGUCGAAAACUUUGGAGGAUGCUGAGGAAGCAAUGUUGGAACUGUACUGUGAGAGGUCGCAAUUAAAAGAUGGGCACACUGUUCUUGAUGUGGGUUGUGGAUGGGGCUCACUUUCUCUAUAUAUUGCCCGGAAAUAUCCCAAUUGCAUGGUUACAGGGAUUUGCAAUUCCAUCACACAGAAAGCUUUUAUAGAGGAGCAAUGCCGGGAUCAGCAGUUACAAAAUGUGGAUAUCAUUGUUGCAGACAUAAGCACAUUCGAAAUGGAGGCAUCAUUCGACAGGAUAUACUCCAUUGAAAUGUUUGAGCAUAUGAAGAACUAUCAGGAUCUCCUCAAGAAGUUAUCCAAGUGGAUGAAACAGGAUAGUCUUCUUUUUGUUCAUUAUUUCUGCCAUAAAGCAUUUGCUUACCACUUUGAGGAUAUAAAUGAAGAUGACUGGAUAACUAGGUAUUUCUUCACAGGAGGUACAAUGCCUUCAGCUAAUCUGCUUCUUUAUUUCCAGGAUGAUGUUUCUAUUGUCAAUCAUUGGCUUGUGAAUGGGAAACAUUAUGCGCAAACUAGUGAAGAGUGGCUCAAGAAAAUGGACCAAAACUUGGCUUCCAUCAAGCCAAUAAUGGAGUCAACCUAUGGCAAGGAGCAGGCUGUCAAAUGGGCUGUCUAUUGGAGAACAUUCUUUAUCGCUGUUGCAGAACUCUUUGGAUACAACAAUGGAGAAGAAUGGAUGGUUGCACUUUUCUUAUUCAAGAAGAAAUGAAACAGUCCAACAUUCGAGGAUAAAAGCAUGAGCAUUUAGCGUUAAAUGGCAAUAUUGAUUCUAAUAAGAGGAACUCUAUAGUUGUUGAAUAUCAUAAUUCAUAGCUAAACAAGAGUUGCAAGUCUUGCUAGUUGUUCCAUUGAGAAGAGAAAAGCAUUUUAUCACUUUGGAUGA